GACUCUUUCUACCGAGGGUUGACAGAGGAGGAGUUGAAACAUGCCAGUGACUUUAACUUCGACCAUCCUGACGCCUUUGAUACUGACGCGCUGCUCUCAACGAUAAUUGCUCUCAAGGAAGGGCGGUCGGUGGAGAUCCCAGUGUACGACUUCAAGACACACCAACGGAGCACGGCUGUGCGGAAGACCAACCCUGCUGACGUCAUCAUUCUGGAGGGCAUUCUGGUGUUCCACGAUGCGAGGGUGCGAGCGCUGAUGAACAUGAAGAUCUUCGUGGACACAGAUGCCGACGUUCGAUUGGCCAGGAGGAUUCGCAGGGAUACACUAGAACGAGGCCGAGACGUGCAAGGGGUGAUCGACCAGUACGCUCGUUUCGUCAAGCCAGCCUUUGAUGAUUUCGUCCUUCCCUCCAAGAAAUUUGCUGACAUCAUCAUUCCCCGGGGCGGUGACAACCACGUGGCAGUGAACCUGAUAGUGCAGCACAUAGGUUCUAAGCUGGGGCAACACGAUUUGAGGAAGAUCUACAGCAACGUACACGUUAUAGAGUCAACCUUCCAGGUGCGAGGCAUGCACACGCUCAUUCGCAACAGGGACACCAAAAAACACAACUUUGUCUUCUAUGCCGACCGCCUCAUUCGCCUCCUUGUGGAGCAUGGGUUGGGCCACCUCCCUUUCACCGAGAUUCAAGUCACCACCCCCACUGGUUCCACGUAUGUGGGAAUCAACUUCAGCAAGAAGCUGUGUGGAGUGUCCAUAAUUCGCAGUGGCGAGAGCAUGGAGAAUGCACUAAGGGCGUGCUGCAAGGGAGUGAAGAUUGGGAAGAUACUCAUUCACAGAGAGGGGGACUAUGGCAAGCAGCUCAUAUACGAGAAGCUCCCCCGAGACAUUGCCCAGAGGCAUGUGAUGCUGCUGGACCCUGUGCUGGCGUCAGGCCGCUCUGCCAUCAAGGCUAUUGAGCUGCUGCUGCACCGAGGGGUGCCUGAAGAGAGAAUCAUCUUUCUCAACCUCAUCUCGGCACCAGAGGGCAUUCACAAUGUGUGUCGGCGCUUCCCCCACCUCAAGAUCGUGACAUCAGAAAUUGACUCGGGGAUUAACGAGGAGUACAGAGUGGUUCCAGGGAUGGGGGAGUUCGGGGAUCGGUACUUCGGCACAGAGGAGGGGGAUGCUGGGAAGGAUGAUGAGAGGGACGGUGAUGGAGUUGAGUGUGGUGCCGGGGAUUGGGGACUUAAGGGAUGCCACGAUGACGCGCGCCGGUCUUAUUCCUCUCCUCGUCCUGCUCCUCGUCGCACCUGUUCUCGGUCACGGGGGUGGUGGCCCCGGUGGUUUUGCGGAGGCCGCGGCGGAAGGGGCCCGCACGGCCCGCCAAUCGACGCGUCCGUCACCGGCAAUCUCACAGGUCGCGUGGGCGCGUGGGUCUCCAACUGCACGGCGGACAUCGGUGCGACUCGCGGAAAGUUCCUGCUCGCCGUCUUUAAGGACGAGUCGUCGGGCACGCCCGUCUACAACCUUUAUUUUGACGCCGAUCUCGACGAAUACGACGGCACCGCUCCCGACACGAUCAGCAUCGUGCAGGGCGCCGCGUGCGACUCGACCGCCACCGCCGCUCUCUCCCUGCCGUCCACCGGCUGGGCCACCGAGACGCGCGGCGGUCGCGGCAGCUGGGGUGGCGGCGGUGGAUCGCACACGGAGCUGCGCGUGACGGGCACCGUGGAAGGAGCGGACGCGACGGUCGUCGAGGCGCUUCUCGCGGGCGUGCCGAACGCGACGGUGACGCAGAACGCGUUCACUAAGGUGAUUAACGGCGCGAGGCAGGGCUUCCAGAACGCCUUCGGCGGACGCCGCCGCGGGCGCGAGCUCGCGGGGAACAGCGCGGGGAAGCUGACGCAGCAGUUCCUGAAGCGCCAGGGCGCGCGCCUGGCGUGGAUGGGCGCCAAGACCAAGGCGCUGUUUGCGACGUUCAUUGGGACCACCGACACCACGACUGACUCGCCCUACGCGGUCAUUUUUACCGACAGCACGACCGGCAACUCCUGGAGCGCCGCGCUCACGGGGAACUUCGGCAAGUGUGGCGGUCGCGGGCGUGGUGGUAACGGGCCUGACGGUGACGGCGAUGGCCCUGGUGGCGCUGGUGGUGCUGGUGGCCGUGGUGGCCGUGGUGGGCGUGGUGGUGGCUAUUAG